CUGAUCCAAUCAGCGUUGAGUUAAGAAACGGCUGCCGGUAGAGAGACAAAUAUGGCGGCUAUUUAUGAAUUUGCAAAUAAAAUUUCUUGUAAUCAAGCUAUUUCAUGGUCGCAUGACAACAGAAUAUGCUUUUGUACGGAUACAGCAAUUAAAAUUCUGUAUUUGAACUGUGGAGUCAAUAAUAUAGACAGUAAAAUAAAAUGCCAUCAGACAAGCUUUCCUGUUAGCACAGACAUCUUGGAUAUACCACAGUUUACAGACAAACAGCACCAGUUCCUGAUCAAGAAUCUUUCAAGAGAUGAGUUUAAGCUUCUAUCUGUUGAAAGGGUUUUAAACCCCUGGAAGUAUCAGUUUGAGACGGUUGCUAGAACUGGGUAUGCUUCAGCUGAUUGGUCACCUCUAGGAGCGGAUGAUGUCGGAAGGAGUGUAUUGGCAACAUUGUCACAGGAUUACAGACUAUGCCUGUAUGUACAUGAACCCUCACAGAAUGAAUGGAUACAGGUAAUAGAUUUGACCACAUUGAGAUGCAGACAGACUAGACCAGAGUUUGAAUUGAAGAGUGUAAAAGAUUACAGCAAAUAUAAAGACUGGUGCUUUAGUCAAGCUGUUACAGUGAUGAAAUGGUGUCCCAAAGUAUUCACAGAUUCAGAAUCUGGCCAGAAAUUUAUGCUGUUAGCUACAGGAACAAAAUCUGGUCAUCUUGUGAUUUGGAGAGUAGAUGUGCCAUGUCAAAAUGAGUCUGGUUGUUCAGUUAUGUAUACAGUACAUCAGUAUCAGUGUCAGAUAUCAGGGAUUCUGUGGAAUCAGCAGUCAGAUUCAUUGAUAGUAAGCUAUGUAGAUGGUGAAAUACAUGUGCUUAAGUUUAAUAUACAUGAUAUUACACAGGAGCCAGCAUGGUCCUGUGUGUACAGUGAACCUGACCUCAUGAAAGUGUCAUGUAUGUGUAUUCUAGAUAAUGUCAAGACUGGUGCAUACGUUCUACUAGCGAAUAAAGAACAUUGUAUGUUGGCAUUACUGCUGGAUACAGACAGUCAUACAGUGAUAUCACAGACACACAUUAUCCUACACAAUACCUUAUCUGCUUCAGGAAUGAGUGCUGUGUCUAGUAACAUAGUGCUAAUGAUGAGCCAAGAUGCAUUGUUACAGAAAAUAUCAGUUACAAUAGAACAAAAUGAGAUAAAACUGUCAUCAGAGCACACCGAUCUGAACCUCAGUGCAGCAACUAACUGGGUAUCACCUGGAUUCUGCCUGUCACCUAACAAAGUGCUUGCAGCUUUCAUUGUCAGACCAAGGCCAGGGUUUGAUCACCUUUCACCGCAGUGGAGGAAGUCAGCAACUAGAGUACACAUCAGAUGUUUGGAUGACUUCAGUAUUGGCACCAAAUAUCGAGAGGAGUGUGUUACAAAACUAUGUAAAACAGCAGGAUCCAUGGGAAGUUUGCUGGAUGUGAUAGAAAUUUGUCGACAAGUGGUGCUUAGCAAGAAUUCACAACUAAUAGAGAGUGUAGAUGAAUGUGGAAAACUGUCAGCCAGAAAUCUGAAAAUCAGAAGGUAUGGGACAUUGAUUCGAUACAGAUACGUAAAACAGAAAGAGGAUGACAAGAAAAAUGUUAUAGAAGAACUGGAGAAAGAGGUGAAUGACUUGACAUGUAUGAUUCUUGCCUUGUUUGUCAAAAAGUGUGUAGCCAACUCAGAUCUGGCAAAAGAAACUUGUGGAGCUAACAGAGAGACAAGUAUUGCUGUUAUGUAUAGCAUGCACACCUGGCUAGUGAUGAACUCUGACAGUCUCAGUGGUGUAGAAGAUAUAUCCAAAACUAAACAACAACUGGAAGAUGUUCUCAGUAAAACUGAUAAAUCAUGCGAAGUCAAGUGUUGUAUAUGCUCUUGCUUAAUGAAGCAGAAGAAACUGAGAUGGUUUUGUGAAAAUGGUCAUUUAUUUGAUAUGUGCUGUAAGACCCUACUACCAGUAGAGGGAGUUAACUACAGAACAUGCUCAAUAUGUUAUUCUACUGCGAGACCACCCGAAGGUAUUAAAGAAAUGGAAUGGCUGAAUGGAGAUGAUAAUAUGUGUACAUUUUGUGAUGGUUUGAUGUUGCCAUAAUCUGUCAAAAUAAAGAACAUGAAAUACG